UUGUGUUAACAUGGUAUCACCCAAAAUGGCUGCGCCCAUGAAAACAUGUUUGUUAAAUUUGCGAAAAUGCUGUUUUUCUUGGACUGCGACACGAUAUUAUUCUAGGAGAAUGAAGCGCAGUGUACAGGAAGUUAUGUCACCUGAAGAAGAUGUCCAGAAACUGAAAAACACUGUGGCAGAUCCAAGGAAAAAUCCUUAUCUACCAUUUGAUCCGAGGGAUCCAGUACAAAAAAGUUUGAUUUUUGCUGCAACACGUUCUAAAGAAAAUGUUUCCAGUUACAGAAACAAAGAAAAUGUUUCCGAUAACAGAAACAAGGAUAACAAGAAAAGAGAACCUCAACACGUUUCUGACAGAAGUAAUAGCAAAUCACUUUCUAGUUCACCAAAGCCGUCCAAAGUUCGAAAAAAUGAGAAAUUUCAAAAUACAGUUAAUUUUGAGAAACUGGAAGAAACUGAUAGAAGAUUCGGACGGCAUAUAAUGAGAGCAAGAGCGGCCAAAGAUCGUGAGGAGCACAGGGAGAUUGUUUUAGAGGGAAAAAACCUGAUUCAUGAUGCAUUGUUAGCUGGAGCAAAACUGAAGGUAUUGUACUUCACACGACUGGAGACAGUGGAGGAGUUACCUGCUGAGUCGCUAGAAGGUGCACAGAUAUACAAGGUCCAGUACAAACAUCUAAAAUUGUGGUCAGAUGUGGAGACACCACAAGGUCUUUUAGGGAUAUUUGAGAUGCCACCUGUCAAUGAAGCUCUAAGACCAGCAGCGAAUCCCAUACCUCUGACUGUGAUCUGUGAUUCCGUUCGAGAUGGUGGUAACCUUGGCACAUUGAUACGUACCGCAGCUGCUGUGGGUUGUCACAGGAUUAUUGCAAUGAAAGGAUGUGUUGACAUAUGGAAUGGUAAGGUAUUGAGAUCUGCAGCAGGAAGUCAUUACAGGGUACCAAUCCUCAGCAACAUAACCUGGCCCCAGGUACCAGCUCUGUUACCCCCAGGAGACAGUAUCAAAGUGUUCCUUGCUGAUAGUAAACAGGUAACAGAGGAAGAGAGAGAGUCUGGACCACUGGAGGCAGAAACACUAGCAGCUGUUGAACAGAUUGAAAAGUUUCAUGAUAAAGAGAGUGACAUUGAAGAUGAAACAUCGGAUAUAGAAAACUCAGCAGAAUUUGAUGAGGACAAUGAUGCUGGAAAUGAAGUUAUUAGUGAACAAGAAAUAAAUGAAAUGCUGACAAAAGAAGUUGAAAAAGAUUUAUCUUACAAAAAUUUCAAAGUUCUCAGUGCUUACAGGAAGGCACCAUUAGGCAAUGAUUUAUAUGAUAUGGUUGAUUAUACUGACAAACAUGCAGUGUUAGUGAUCAGUGGGGAGACUUCAGGUGUGUCGCUACCUGCAAGGAAGUUGGCGUACGAUCAUUAUGGGGGAUGUGUCACUAUACCUAUGACAGGUGAAGUAGAAAGUCUGAACUGUGCUGUAGCAGGAAGUAUCAUCAUGUAUGAGGUUGCUAAGCAAUACAGGAAUAGCAGGAUUCAAACAGAUAAAGAAGAAGAAUAGAGAUUCCAAUAAUUACAAACUUGAAUGAAAAUUGACAGAAGACACAUUACUUUGUAUCCAUCUUCAUUUGAAAUUGUUGGAAAAACAACUGCUCCUUAAUUAUUAAUUAAAGCAGCAGUAUUCCUGAUUUAUAUUAAAUUUUGAAAAAUUUAGAAAAAGUACUCUUUAGUUAUUGCAAUCAAAAGAAAAUAUAAAGUAAUUCCGUGCAUUUUAUGAAUUUUUUAUCAACAAAACACUCUUUUAAUCACUGAAAUAUAUAUGAAAAAG